AGCGGUAUAUAAUGACUCCGACGCGUCCUCCUUAACCUUUUCUCCAAAACAGAUUUGAAGAUAUCUCCGCGGCUUCUUCGCUCGCCGCUCGCACCGGAAAAAACCCUAAGAGAAUCCAUGGACCCUCAGCCUGAACCGGUCAGCUACAUCUGCGGAGAUUGCGGGAUGGAGAACACGCUGAAGCCCGGGGACGUGAUCCAGUGCAGAGAGUGCGGGUACCGCAUCCUCUACAAGAAGCGAACACGCCGAAUCAUUCAGUAUGAGGCCCGUUGAAAGAACUUGAGAACGUGGGCUUCAAUUUCCGUACAGACUUCUUUGUCGUUGCGACUGGGCACGUGGUAUGUCUUUGGAUGGUAGUUAUG